AUGGUGGCAUCUACGGUAUCAAUACUUAUUGCAUUGACUUGGGCUGGGUCUUUGUAUGCAUGGCAAUCUUUAAGGGUUAUUGUCCCGCUUAUACCUGAGCUUUUUGGACUUGUGGGAUUCUUUUGGGUGGAAAUUUCUGGUGGACAGGAGAGCCUGCCCCGCCCUCUAUUCAGAAAUCGCACUUCAAUAACAAUAUACACCAACGCCUUCAUAAUCUCCAUGCUCAACUACUGGAUCUUCUUCUUCCUAUCCCUCUAUUUUCAAGCCGUUCUUCUCUCCACCCCCACUCGCUCCGGCGUGCAAAUUCUCCCCAUAACCCUCCUCGCCAUCCCCGGCGCCGCAAUUGGUGCGCUCGCUCUCUCCAAAUGGGGAAAAUAUAAGCAUCUCCACAUCAUCGAUUUUGCGCUUCUCGCAGCCGGAAUCGUAGGUGCAGGUAUGGUUCUUGAUACUCUUCUCCCAGCCGUUCAAGCUGGCGUUGCAGAAGCCGAUUCUGCUGCUGUCACGUCAAGUUGGUCAUUUGAGCGCAGUUUCAGGAAUAUAUGGGGCGUGGCAAUUCCAGGUGUUGUUCUUAAUAUAUACAGUACUCGUGCGACGCGCGAGUUUAUUAAGUCGUUUUCUGAGAUAACGAGGAGUCAGAUUAUUGGGGGUUCUGAAAAGGCGCUGGGAAAGUUUUUUUUGAUUGGAAUGGUGUUUCCAAUUUUGGCAUUUCUUUUGUCCUUUUUGGAGAGGGAGGUGAAGUUAAGGAAAGUUUUGGAGACGGAGGUUGGACUUGAGGAGAGGAUGAAGGGGAAGCGGGGAGGGAAGUAA